GCGGUCAAGAUCUUGGAGAAUGAACGUGAGACUUUGGCUUAUGCGGCUGAAGUGAUCACUCAAGAGGGUUUGGUUGACAAGGUGGACUUCUGGAAAGGGUAUAAAUAUGAAGUUUUUACGUCCCCCGAAGGAGCUCAAUCCUCAUCAUCAGCCUACGAAACCUAUCUCCAAGCCCGUUAUCAAUCGUCUUUGAAAGAAGAACCAUACGAAUGGGCGCUAUGUACCGACCCUCUGGAAGCAGCUCAAAAAACCCGUGUAUCGAAUGCCAUAGCAUACAACCGUGGGCCAGCAGGAAGCGUACAUCCUCAUAAACUCACCACGGAGCUGUUGAAAAUCGCAAUGCGCUCAGGAGCGGAAUUAUAUUCCUGGGCACCUGUAAAGAAUCUGUCACGCUUCGGAGAAGGAUGGGAGGUGGAGACGAGUAGGGGUAUGAUCAAAGCUGGGGUGGUUGUAUUGUGUACGAAUGCUUACACUGGUGGUUUGUUUCCGGAAUCCGAGAGAGGGAUGGGUAUCAGUGCUCACUUGACACCAUAUCGCGGUCAUUGUGCAAACUACACACCUCCUCUCUCAUAUUCCGGUCCGAAAUCCCUCGAUCACUCAUACGUAGUUGAAAACGGUAUGUAUAUCGUCUCCACCCCUCAUUCAGGAAUCGUAGCUGGAACAUGGGCAGCCGCCACAAUCAACCAUGGUUUGGCUACCCGAGAUGAUAUUUAUGCUAUAUUGGACGAUUCUACGGUAUUACCCUCGGUGGAGAAAUGGAUGAAGGGAUGGUUUGAACGGACUUAUGAGGGGUGGAAGGAGAAUGGUAGAGGGGAAGGUAUGGGGAGGUUAUGGACUGGAAUCAUGGCCCAUUCACACGAUCUGCUCCCUCUGGUCGGUCCGAUUCCCAACAAACCCAACCUUUUCGCAGCGGUAGGUUUCCACGGUCACGGUAUGGCCAGAAUCCUCACUAUCACACGUGGUCUUUCACAAUUACUCUCGACGGGGAAAUGGGAUGAGAGGCUUCCUACCAGUUUCCAGAUCACCGAGAUGAGGUUAUCGAGGGCGAAG